CCUGACCAUAAUACCGCGACGACCCUCGACACACGUGCGCGAGGCCGUAUAUUGAUCACCCUCCUGCUGCUCCCUCCUCCUGGUCAACCUCCACCCGCCCGGCGCUGCUGCUGAAAGAGAGACGUACGAAGAGGGAGACGGGUUGGCGCAGCAGAAAGAGCCCCGCGUCCAACCACGGCAUCGCCUAUUGGAGCCGAGUCUACAUACGCCAUCAGCGGUGCUGCAUUCCCGUGCGUGCAGGACAGACAGCACAACUACUACUGUACCUCGCCGGACAAACAGCCUUGCGCCCGAGGGGAAAUACAGCACUCGCACGCAGUCCGCGCGCGUUUGUGCUCUUGCGCAACCCACGACCAACGCCGACUACCAGGUUAAGCCAGUCGCACCUGCUGCUUCUCGACAUUCUUUGCGCCUACCAUUUCUCGACGACCCUUCCGCCAUUCGGCCCGCCCGCCGGCACAUGACGAUACAUUAAUACUUGACGAGAUCCACGACGACAUGGCAGAGGACGCGAACAAGAUCUCCAUCACCAUCUGUGGUGACGGAGGAUGCGGCAAGAGUUCCAUCACGCUGCGUCUUGUGCGCAGCGAAUGGACGCAUGAGUACGAUCCAACCAUCGAAGACUCGUAUUCCGUGACGAGGAGUAUCGAUGGCACCACUUUCUCGCUCGCAUUGACCGAUACCGCCGGUCAGGAAGAGUAUCGGAGUCUAUGGUCGUCUUCCAACUUGCAUUCCGAUGCAUUCCUGCUGGUCUACGACAUUACCCAGCAGAGCUCUCUGCGCUCCCUCGAGUGGUUCAACGAGUUGAUUGAGCAAGAACGCGAGAGGCGACUCGAGCGUGGAAAGGUGCUACCAGUGUGCAUCGUCGCUGGCAACAAGUGCGAUCUGCAAGGCAUUCGACAGGUUGGUGCAACAGAGGGCCUCAACUGGGCGAGAAGUCGAGGCUAUGGCUUCAUGGAGACAAGUGCCCGUGAAAUGGUUAACAUUGAAGAGACCUUUGCUCUUCUCGUCCGUCGCGUGGUAGGAGCCCGCAAGCAACAUUUGGAAGGUCUGACACCCAAUCUGCCCUCGUACACAUCGAGAACAAGACCGCUCGACCCAUUGCCACCGUCGCCCAACGAGAAAGCACUGCCUGCGGAGCCUUAUUACCCUCACCAACACUGGGAACCUGGUGAGGAGCUCGGCCGCAAGCGUUGGUGGCACAAGCUGCGCGCGCUCAAAUGCUGGUGAUCUCCUCAUUUCGACAUGAGGCAGGCGCACCUCUACUUUGUGCCCCAGUCUCGAUCUGUAUUCUUAUCUACUCGGCCGCCGUGCUUUACGAACCCAGCCCGGCCGAUACGACAACCUGGAAAAUUUACUAAUGCUCAAAUUCGACAUCAUGCGGAUUGACCGUAGUCACGCCACAUCUGCGACGUACCAUGAGCAAGCUUGCACUCACAUUGCGGACUCGGUACCACCCCAAUCGCAUCCUGGCCCGCAUUCGUCGCGCGAUGAACUGCUUGUUCGCACCCACCUUCGAUUUACUACAAGACCUCUACAUAUCAGCCACACGGCUACAGCCCAGUGUCAAUGACGACUGGACUACGAAUUCCAUAUCAUCACCAGAGACGACCCAAAAACGGACCACAACCACAACGAGACUCUCGUCAUCUAGAGGACAUCUACAUCUAUUCACGAAAGAAUUGCGAUUCCGACAUCUGCGUCGCAUCUGUUCAUGCAUACCUAACGCACCGCAUCUGCAUAGUGGCAGGAGGAUCUGUCUUUGCAUCUAGCUGUAUACCCCUUGUAUCAAUAUAGUACAAUAUCAUAUCAAUGCUACG